AUGGUGGGCAUUAAGCGGAGAGUUGAUACUGCGGACGAUCGUGGUGGCAAAAGGACAAAGGUCAAAGAUGGAGGAAGAGUGAAAAAGAGCAAGGAGCCCGCGGAGAUCAAGCCGAAGCCCAAGAAACAACCAACAAUAGUUGAGACCAGUGACGACGACGACGACGAUGAUGAUGAUGAUGAUGAUGAUGAUGAAGGAAGUUUUUCAGUGUCUGUCUCCUCCGGCGAAGAGGACGUAGGUAUGGCAAACGCAUCAUCGGAAGAUAAAGAAGAUCAGAAAUCAGCAAUCCCAUCGAAAAUUAAGGAUGAUUCGAAACAAGUAAAUGGAGCUGGGAAUGGUGCUGCCCCUGCGAAAAGCGGAACCUCAUCAAAAGAAUCCCAUGCAAAGCAAAAAGCACUCGCGCAGGAACGAAAAGCAGCAAAACCAAAUUCCGAUCUCAUCGCCCGCUCCAAAAAGUUAUGGGAGCGCCUGCGUCGCAAAUCACACGUGCCCCUCGAAGAGAGAAAGAAACUCGUUGAAGAACUCUACUCCAUCGUCACAGGUCGGGUGAAGGAUUUCGUCUUUAAACAUGAUUCUGUCCGCGUCAUUCAGACAGCGCUCAAAUAUGCCACCCCGCAGCAGCGCAAGGAUAUCGCUACAGAAUUGAAAGGGGACUAUCGCAGUUUGGCGGAGAGCAAGUAUGCAAAAUUCUUGAUUGGCAAGUUACUGGUGCAUGGCGAUUCGGACAUUAGGGAUAUGAUUGUUCCGGAGUUUUAUGGGCACGUUAAGCGGCUCAUGCGGCACCCUGAAGCGUCGUGGAUUAUCGAUGAUAUCUACAGAACCGUUGCAAGCACCGCGCAGAGGGCUAUGCUACUCCGUGAGUGGUAUGGGGCUGAGUUUGUGCUAUUCAGAAACGUGGAUGGUGCAGCGGAGACAGCGGAUCUGGCCGAGAUUAUUGCGAGGAACCCGGAGAAGCGAGGACCCAUCAUGAAAUAUCUUCAUGAAUUUAUCAAUCACCUUAUUCAGAAGAAGUUUACCGGGUUUACCAUGUUGCAUGAUGCCAUGCUCCAGUAUUUCCUGAAUGCAAAACCUGGCAGUGAGGAGGCGACAGAGCUUAUCGAGCUCAUCAAGGGCGAUGAAGAGGGGGAUCUCGUUAAGAAUUUGGCUUUCACAAAGUCAGGUUCCAGAUUAGUAGCCCUGUGCUUUGCGUAUUCGAACGCAAAGGACAGGAAACUUUUGUUGAGAAUGUACAGAGACACGAUCAAGAUGCUCGCCGGCGACAUGCACGGACAAAUAGUCCUCCUAACAGCUUACGAGGUUAUCGAUGACACAAAACUCUUAUCAAAAUCAAUAUUCCCGGAGCUCCUAAAUCAAGGAUCCAGCGAAGAAGCCAGGCACGAAGAACUUCUACACCAAGUCACAGACCUAACCGCCCGCAUCCCCAUCCUCUAUCUAUUCGCAGAGGACAAAACACGCUGGCUCGUCACAGACCCAGACCACAAGCAGAUCCUCGAUGAGGUUUUAACAGUUCGAUCCGGGACCUCCAAAAAAGAUCCAAACACCCGUCGCGAGGAACUAAUCAAAGCCACCUCACCCACCCUGCUCGGAUUCAUUAAAGCCAGCGCAGACUCUCUGGUCGAAUCCAGCUUUGGCUGUCAAUUCAUCACCGAAAUCCUCUUCAGCGCCGACGGUGACAAAUCAGCCGCACUCGCUGCCGUCGCAUCCAUCCCCACAUCUAAACCUAAGGCCCUGGAGACGCCAGCUGCGGGGCGGAUGCUCAAAGCACUCGUCCAGGGCGGCAGAUUCAACAACAAGACCAAAUGUGUUGUGAAAGUGCAGCCACCCCUCAACUUUCACGGUCUACUCUAUGAGCAUAUUGCUAGCGAUGUGAUGGCAUGGGUUAACGGGGCAAAUCCGUUUGUGAUUCUCGCUCUUGUCGAGGCGGAGGAUUUUGAGAAGACGGAUGAGUUGGUGAAAACGCUUAAGAAACAGAAGAAGGUGCUAACUGAGCUUGCAAACAAAGAGCCGGCGAAGAAGGGUGAGAAGAAGGGACCUGUUAGCAGUGCGGCGAAAUUGUUGUUGGAGAAAGUUGGGUAG